AGCGCCCUUUCCAGGGUACAACUGGGUGAAGCAGCGACGCGACAGGGCGGACGAAUCCAUGCUCUCUCCACUGCGCGCUGUAGCAAAGACGAGAGACGUGGAGCAUCAUGGCCACUUGAAUCCUGAUCCGGAUACCAAUCACCGAGACGCAGUCGAGAUUGCACUUGCACUAUUCGAUUUUCAGAUCCCCACACAGCACGAUGGAAGAUCGGAUUGGACUCGACGCCUUUGAGAGUGUCGACUGCUCCAAGUACCUCCACCCGUCCUGCGACGAAUACGCGUUUUGGGUCUGCAUCGGGACCAUUGUCGGUAUGCUUCUUGUCUCGGCCGUCAUGGCCGGCAUGCUCAUGGGCUACCUCUCUAUCGACAAGCUCAACAUCUUGAUCCUGACAAUGGAAGGCUCGGACAUUGAGAAGGCUCAAGCCAAGAGGAUACUACCGAUCAUCAACCAAAGCCACAAUGUCCUCGUCUCGGUCUUGCUCGUCAACGCCGGGGCGCUUGAGGCGCUUCCGAUUUGGCUCAACCGCGUCGUGCCCGAGACCACCGCAAUCCUCAUCUCGGUCACCUUUGUGCUCCUCUUUGGCGAAAUUCUCCCGUCGGCCAUCUUUACAGGCACGUACCAGCUUGCGAUCGCGUCGGCGCUCGCACCGCUCUGCCGGCUCGUCAUGCUGCUCAUGAGCCCAAUCGCAUGGCCCAUCGCGCGCGUUCUCGACGUGCUCAUUGGCGAAGGCAACGACGUGACGCGCUACAAGCGCAAGGAGCUCAAGGCGCUCAUUCGCCUCCAGCAAUCGCUACCGCAAGCGUUGGAGCUGGCCGAGAGCCUCCCGAUCACCAACCCCACGUCGCCAGCGUCGUCGUCGGCGUCCGUCUCGCCGGGGACGUGCACGGACCUGCAUAAAGAAGAGGUUGCGAUCAUUCACGGUGCGCUCGAUAUGUCCAACAAGACGGUUCAUGACAUUGCGACGCCGUUCGAGGACGUCUUUAUGCUGGACUGGGAAGCGCAGCUAGACUCGGAGCUCAUGGUUGACAUCCUCGCGUGCGGCUACUCUCGGAUCCCUGUCUACCGCGGCCACCGCGCCAACGUCGUCGGGCUCCUUCUCGUCAAGCGGCUCAUCGUGAUCGAUUCGGACGUCAAGAAACCGAUCAAGAACCUCACGCUGCGCAAGCCGCUCGUGGUCUCGCCCGACCUCGGCUGCUACGCGAUGCUCAACCAGUUUCAGCGCGGCAAAGGCCACUUCGCGCUCGUGACGGAGCAAGGGCCUUACAUGGAGGCGUGCUGGAAAGCCGGCAUCGACGUCGACCCGACGCAAGCGACCAUCUUGGGCAUCGUCACGAUCGAAAACAUUCUUGAGGAGCUACUCCAGGAAGAAAUCCAAGACGAGACCGACGUAGUCGACUCGUGCACGGGCCACGGCAACUCGGAGCGCCGCCGGGCACGCCUGCGUGAGGCCGGCAUGAUUCGCGCGGCCAAGGUCUUCAAGGCCCUCGCGGCGCGCGCCCGUCGCCGCCUCCGCCUUCGCCCGCAAACGCGCCGAAGCGCGUCGCAGAUUGCGCACGAAGCCACGCCGCUCUUGACGCCACGGACGACCGAGCUCUAAGCCACGUCGACGUGUAAUCCAACACUGCUGCUAUUAUAUCUCGC